AUGGCACCCCCUUGCCCCUGUGUGCCCCAAACAAGAAAUUUGGCAAGUUCCUGCAAGAAUGGAAUUAACAUCAUUUCUAAAACUAUCUCAGAAUGUCUCAAUGCUUCUACCAACUUGGUCUACAUCUACAUGACACUGACAUCAUCCACCUACCGCCCCGCCCUCCUCGCCCCGCCGCCUGCGUGCGGGAACCGCUGGGGUGAAGGGGUCGCGUCUCCGGCCUGCUGCAUUGCUGCUGGUGCUGCUGAAUUUCGGCCGCGGCCCCUUCCCACCCGCUCAGCCCCUCUCCCAGGCGUCCUUCCCGCGAAGCUGGCCACGAUGCCGCCUAAGCGGCUGAUCAAGGCCCACUCCGGGAACCGACCUCGCCUCGCGCCCGCCGCGGAGCCGGCCGGGGAGGCCUGGAGCCAUAGCCGGGCCGCGCUGGAGCGGCUGGAGCAGCUGCUGCGUUGCUCGCGUUGCUCUCAUAUUCUCAAGGAGCCAGUGUGUUUAGGAGGAUGUGAGCACAUCUUCUGUAGUAAUUGUGUGAGUGACUACAUUGGAAGCGAAUGUCCAGUGUGUUAUACUCCAGCCUGGAUACAAGAUAUCAAGAUAAAUAGACAACUGGACAACAUGAUCCAACUUUGUAGUAAACUUCGAAAUCUAAUAUAUGGCAAUAAGUUUUCAGAUUUGAAAGAAGAUACAGCUAGGAAAAGCUUACUUACUAAUUCAGAGAAUAAGAAGAAUUCAAUAAAAAUGUGGUUUAGUCCCCGAAGUAAGAAGGUCAGAUAUGUAAUGAAUACAAUUUCAGUGGAAACCAGACCUAAACUAGUAAAUGAUGAAAACAAUCAUCAGGCUUCAUUGUAUGACUUUGUUUCUGCAACUCCUCCAACAGUUCCUGAGAAGCCUAAAAAGACUUGUAAACGAUCUGGAAAAAGGAAAAAGAAGAAAACGCUAACUGAAAUCAACCAGCAAUGGAAUUUAGUGGCAGAGAGGGAAAAUGGUGAACUUGCCUCAGAAGAAGUAGUUAAGGACAGACAGGUGUCCUUUUGUGACCAACCAUCUAUUAUUGCAAGUCCACAGAAAAACGGUGGAAUAGAUGUUACUGUGAAUGGUUCUGAAUCAGCAUCGCAGUUUUGUGUAAGCCUCACUGCAGUCUCUUUACCCGUGAUUGAUCUUACAGAGUCUCCAAAAACCGAGGAUAGGAAUGAAGUGGUGACCCCGAAGGAAAAUCUCUGUGCACGUGAUCCGACAUCGAAGAAAUCCUUCACUGCAGCUCUUAAUGGAAAACGAGAGCCUCACAACAGACUUUCCAUGCCCAUUUCUAAGCGAUGCAGACGCACAGAUCCAGGUCCUGCUGGGGAGCCUACCGUGCCAACAGCGCUCUCAGAAGACAUGCCCUCACUGGACAGUCCUUUGCCACCUUCAAGCAAGCCUCAAGUUGGUGCAUUGCGGAGAAAAAGUAAUGAUGUAUUAGAUGAACCCUCGAGGUUUUCACCAAGCACGCCACCCUCUACACUGAACAGUUCACAUUACAGGCGUAUGAUGUUGAGCCCUUCAGCAAAGAAGCUGACAUCCAGUACUGGCAGCCUUGUGGCUCUGAAGAGAAAUCAUAGAGGAGAGACUCCGCUCCAUAUCGCUUCAAUUAAGGGUGAUGUACCUUCUGUUGAAUACCUUUUACAAAAUGGAAGUGAUCCAAAUGUUAAAGACCAUGCUGGAUGGACACCAUUGCAUGAAGCCUGCAACCAUGGGCACUUGAAGGUAGUUGAAUUGCUGCUCCAGCACAAGGCAUUAGUGAACACUACUGGAUAUCAGAACGACUCACCUCUUCAUGAUGCUGUCAAGAACAGGCAUAUAGACAUAGUCAAAUUGUUACUUUCCUAUGGCGCCUCUACGAAUGCUGUUAACAUAUUUGGUCUGCGGCCUGUGGAUUAUGCAGACAGUGAAAAUAUGAAAUCACUAUUGCAGCUCCGAGAGAAGAGUGAAUCAUCAUUAACUAGCCAUAGCACAGUGGUGAACACCAGUCAGCGCAGGAAUCACCCUUUGAUACUUAUAGGCAGUGGACUGUCUUCAGAACAACAGAAUAUGCUGAGUGAACUUGCAGUAAUUCUUAAAGCUAAAAAAUGUGCAGAGUUUGAUAAUACAGUAACUCAUGUCAUUGUUCCUGGUAUGACAGUUCAAAGUACUCUGAAAUGUAUGCUUGGGAUUCUCAAUGGAUGCUGGAUUCUAAACUUUGAGUGGGUAAAAGCAUGUCUACAAAGUAAAGAAUGGGAACAGGAGGAAAAGUAUGAAAUUCCUGAAGGACCUCAGAGAAGCAGACUCAACAGAGAACAGCUGUUGCCAAAGUUGUUUGAUGGAUGCUACUUCUAUCUGGGGGGAGUCUACAAACACCACCCAAAGGACCAUCUUAUUAAGCUCAUCAAUGCAGGAGGGGGCCAGAUUCUCAGUAGAAAGCCCAAGCCUGACAGUGAUGUGACGCAGACCAUCAAUACCGUCGCUUACCACGCCAAAUCUGAUUCUGAUCAGCACUUCUGUACCCAGUAUAUCAUCCAUGAGGAUUUGACCAUUUGUCGCCCAGAGAAGGUUCGACAGGGCAAAGUCUGGAUGGCUUCUUCUAGCUGGCUUAUAGACUGUGUGAUGUCCUUCAAAUUGCUUCCUCUCGACAAUUAAACACUUUACCCAAAUGAGCAGUUCAGGCAGACUUAGCUAAUGUAAGAAUCCAGCCACUUCAGUGGAUCACACAUCUUUG